UCGCCGGCACCAGCCGCUAGGGGGCGUGUUGGAGGUGUGGAGGAGGAGGUGCGUUUCCGCAGCAACAAGGAGGAUGGCAGCGCUCACGUCUCUGACCCAGUUGUCCAGCGGGAACCCUGUAUAUGAGAACUUUUACAGACAGGUGGAUCCAGGAAACACAGGGAGAGUUGGACCGACAGAUGCAGCCUUGUUCCUGAAAAAGUCUGGGCUUCCUGACAUUACUUUAGGAAAGAUCUGGGAUUUGGCCGAUCCUGAUGGAAAAGGAUACCUGGACAAACAGGGGUUUUAUGUGGCCCUGCGGUUGGUGGCCUCUGCUCAGAAUCAUCAGGAAGUCAGCCUGUCCAGCCUCAGCCUCACUGUCCUGCCUCCAAAGUUUAAGGACACCGGCAGUCCUUGUCCAACCGCCACUGGAACGUCUGCUCCUGGAGAACAGCACUGGGCUGUCCGGCCUGAGGAGAAGAGCAAGUUUGACGGGAUCUUUGAAAGCUUGGCUCCAGUAAAUGGACUGCUGUCAGGAGACAAGGUCAAACCAGUCCUCAUCAACUCCAAGCUCCCUCUGGACAUCCUUGGCAAGGUUUGGGACCUGAGUGACAUCGAUAAAGAUGGCCAUCUGGACAAAGAAGAAUUUGCCGUGGCAAUGCAUCUGGUGUAUCGAGCUCUGGAGAAAGAGCCAGUUCCUGCUCUGCUCCCCUCUGCACUCAUCCCUCCUUCUAAGAGGAAAAAGACAUUGGGCUCAGUUGCCAGCUCGGCUCCUGGACUUCCAGCAAGUCCUCCGCCCCCAAAAGACUCACUGCGAUCCACGCCCUCACAUGGCAGUAUGACAUCACUCAACAGCACCGGCAGCUUGUCUCCCAAACACACCCUGAAAUCCGCACAGUACUCUGUAUCCUGGGUUGUUCCAGUUUCGGACCGUGGUCGCUAUGAUGACAUUUUUGCAAAGACAGAUGCCGACAUGGAUGGUUUUGUCAGUGGACAGGAAGUGAAAGAGAUCUUCAUGCAGUCUGGUCUCUCGCAGAGUGUUCUGGCCCACAUAUGGGCCCUGGCAGACACCAGGCAGAUAGGCAAGCUGACACGGGAGCAGUUUGCCCUUGCCAUGCAUUUCAUUCAGCUGAAAGUCAGCAAGGGCACGGACCCUCCGCAGUCCCUGACAGUGGACAUGAUCCCCCCAUCUGAGAGAGGCACUCCGGUUCCCAGUCUGUCCGGCUACAUGACCCCAGUGGGAUCAGAGACGGCUGCUCUGUCCGACAUGAGGCGGGACAGCUCUAGUUCAGUAGGUUCCGGGGAGUUCACCGGCAUUAAGGAGUUGGAUGACAUCAGUCAGGAGAUUGCUCAAUUACAAAGGGAAAAGUUCACUCUGGAGCAGGAUAUUAGGGACACAGAAGAUGCUGUCAGACAGAAGACUGCAGAGGUGCAGAACAUGCAGAAUGAUCUGGACAGAGAAUCAGCCAGUUUACAGGAUCUGGAGGCGCAGAAACAGGAUGCUCAGGAGCGCCUGGAGGAGAUGGACCAGCAGAAGCACAAACUGGAGGACAUGCUGAAUGAAGUCCGGAUGAAGUGUCAGGAAGAGUCUCAGAUGAUCUCAUCUCUUCAGAGCCAGAUCCACUCCCAAGAGUCAGACCUACAGAAUCAAGAGGAGGAGCUGAGCCGGGUCAAGGCUGACCUCAGCCGCUUACAGCAGGAAGAGAGCCAGCUGGAGCAGAGUCUGGCUGCUGGAAAGAUCCAGCUGGAGACCAUCAUCAAAUCUCUGAAGGCCACACAAGAUGAGAUCAACCAGGCUCGCAGCAAGUUGGCUCAGAUUCAGGACAGCCAACAGGAAGUGGCAAAAAGCAUUGAGCAAUACAACAACACGUUGAACAGCACUCAUGGAGGCAGUAUGACCAACUUGGCAGACAUGAGCGAGGGCUUCAGUGACAGGGAGAACGGAGGAUUCCCGCCUGCGGAGGAUCCAUUCAAGGUGAAGCCAUCUGUGUUCACUGGUCCGCCUCAGGAACUCCCUGCUGAUCCCUUUCAGUCUGAAGACCCCUUCAAAUCCGACCCAUUCAAAGAUCCUUUUGGAGGAGACCCCUUCAAAGAAACGGACCCUUUCAAGGCUUCAUCUGAAGAUUUCUUCAAGAAGACUACAAAGAUGGAUCCCUUUUCCACACCAGACCCCUUCAGUAAAAGUGCAACUUUACCUUCCAAGCAGGCCAGUCACUUCAGCACCAAUGACCCAUUCUCAUCAGCCACCCCAAAAUCUAAAGGAUCAGACGUGUUUGGUAUUUUGGACCCGUUUGGCAGCAGUUCCUUCAGCAGCAGCAGUAACAGCACGAGUGGAUUCGCAGACUUCAGCCACAUGUUGAAGUCCAGAGAUCCCUUUGAGAGCAGGACCAGCUGGCUGCCAGAUUACCAGAAGUCCGUGUUGGUGGACGAUCCUUUCAGCAAAAAAAAUGACACACCAGCACUACCACCAAAGAAAACUCUUCCACCAAGACCCAAACCUCCCAGUGGUAAGACAACACCAGUGGGCAUACCUGGCACAAAUGAUACUUCCAAACCGUGUGACCCCUUCCAGCCAUUCUUGAGUGAGAACAUCGACCCGUUUCAGACUAAAAAGGGCCCAGGAGACCCCUUUAGUGGCAAAGACCCAUUUGCCCCACCCUCAGCAUCAAUUUGGAAACGAGGCUCAGCAGCUGGAGUGGGCAAAGCGGGAGAGCGAGCGAGCCGAGCGGGAACGCCUCAAACGGCUCCGCCAGCAAGAGCAGGAAGACCUGGAGCUGGCCAUCGCCCUCAGCAAGGCGGAGAUGUCCCAUGCAUGACCCAGACUCCACCGCAUGCACAAACACAUACAUACAUAUACACACACACACACAAUAACACGUGUAGAUCUGAGCCAUAGUGUUCCUGCAGGCCGACCUCACCAGGUGUCAAAGUGAAUGAAUGAACAAAGCAGACAGGUGCAGCUGUGCCCUCUGAC